GGUAAGACGGUCCACGCACAUGUUGCCACCACAUGAUCAGAACUGAACGAGUCUGGAGGAAGAGCUGCGGGAUUGUAUCAUCGGCAGCUAUUUGUAUAAUUAAAACCUGAUCAGCUACAUAUAGUAAGAUAAAAUGAGACCAGGAUUCAGCCCGAGAGGAGGUGGAGGAUUUGGAGGUGGAAGCAGAGGAGGCUUUGGAGGUAGAGGAGGUUUUGGAGGCCGAGGAGGAGGAGACAGGGGUGGAAGAGGGGGAUUUCGAGGAGGUAGAGGUGGAUUCAGGUCCCCUGGAGAUGAUGGGGGCUUCCGUGGACGAGGGGGUUUCCGUGGCACUCCUCGAGGCCGUGGAGGUGGACGAGGAGGGUUCAGAGGGGGCAAAAGGGUGACCGUAGAGCCCCAUAGACAUGAAGGAGUGUUUAUCUGCCGUGGUAAGGAGGAUGCACUGGUCACAAAGAACAUGGUGAUUGGAGAGUCUGUGUACGGAGAGAAGAGAAUAAAUGUUGAGGAAGGGGAAACUAAAAUUGAGUACAGAGCAUGGAAUCCUUUCCGGUCAAAGCUGGCUGCAGCCAUUUUAGGAGGUGUUGACCAGAUCCACAUCAAGCCGGGAGCAAAGGUCAUGUACUUAGGAGCCGCAUCAGGGACUACUGUAUCCCAUGUUUCUGACAUUGUUGGACCGGAGGGGUUGGUGUACGCUGUCGAAUUCUCUCACAGAUCAGGCAGAGACUUGCUGAAUGUGGCCAAAAAGAGAACCAACAUUAUUCCCAUCAUUGAAGAUGCACGACACCCGCACAAGUACCGCAUGCUUGUUGGUAUGGUGGAUGUCAUCUUUGCUGAUGUUGCUCAGCCUGAUCAAACAAGAAUCGUCGCCCUCAAUGCACACAAUUUCCUGAAAAAUGGAGGCCAUUUUGUUAUUUCAAUCAAGGCUAACUGCAUUGAUUCAACAGCCGCUCCAGAGGCAGUGUUUGCGUCAGAGGUUAAGAAGAUGAGCUCUGAGAACAUGAAACCUCAGGAGCAGCUGACACUAGAGCCGUAUGAGAGAGAUCAUGCAGUUGUUGUGGGAAUUUACAGACCACCACCCAAGCAGAAGAAAUGAGGUCUCGAAAUAUGUCAUCACUAUUCACAUCCUCCUUUGCUCCUGAAAUAACUGCUUCGGCCACUAGAUGGACCCAAAGUUUGCAGAUGACAAAAGACUGAUAUAUCUGAACCAUUUUCCUGUUUCCGCUUGGAUGGGAGUGUAUCCCGCUGUACCCGAAUGGCUCAGGCAACAUUGUUUAUGGAGAGUAUCUCUGCUCCUGUUUUUCCUUUGUAUGAUCAUCCUCUGUAAUGUAAUAUACUGUACUGAGAGAUGAAUUUUGUAUUUUGCUUGUAAGAAUUAUUGGAAGCUAAAUGUGUUAUGUUAACUAAAUCAAGAGUUUUCCAAAAACAUUUGUUUUUGUUUGUUUGAAUAUUUUUAGUAAAUUUUUAACAUUUACAGAAAACA